AUGGCAGUGGAGAGGAAGGAGGUCGAGAGGAGGCAGCAGAUGAAGAGCCUCUGCGUCAAGCUCGCCUCGCUCAUCCCAAAAAACCUCUACUCCUCCGAGGAUGCUAUGACUCAACUGGGUAGCCUAGACGAAGCAGCCACGUACAUAAAGAAACUCAAGGAGAGGGUGGAGGAGCUGCGGCAGAAGAGAACCUCUGCACGGCUCUUGGCUGCUGCUGGCAUAGACGAGGCGGAGGAGGUUCGGCAGCACAGCGACGUGUCGAGCCUGGACGUGGUGCUGAUCAGCAGCCUGGAGCGACCCUUCAAGCUGCAUGAGGUGGCCACCGUGCUGCAGGAAGAAGGCGCCGAGACCACCAACGCCAACUUCUCCGUCGCCGGCACAUAA